UUCAGAAUCUAAAAUGGCGGCCCCCUUGGAAGGAAUUUUGCACAAACUGCUUGUGCCAAAUAGCUCCGUAAUUCAAGAGGGUACUCGAGAAUUGAAGCAAGCUCUGAAGGAUCCUAACAUUGUCCCUGGACUCUUUGCAGUGCUGACCAGCUCCAACAACCCCCAGAUACGGCAGCUUUCCGCUGUGCUUCUUCGGCGUCGAGUUGUUAAGCAAUGGACCAAAUUACCUCCGGAUGUCGGCCACAAUCUGAAGCAGAUAUCAUUGCAAGUCCUUCUUAGAGAAACAGAUAAGAGUGUCUGCAAUGCCGUAGCACAGCUGGUGGGGGCCAUUGCCAAACAUGAGCUGACAUCUAGAAACGGCUGGCCGGACUUGAUGCAGUUCCUGCAGCAGCAGAGCCGUAGCCCUGAAUCCCAACACAAAGAGGUUGGAGCUUUGGUGUUGAGUUGUGUCAGCGGCUCAGCGGCGGAGCAUCUGCGGCCAUACCUACGGGUCUUAUGCAAUCUCUUCAACACCAUGCUGCAAAACAGAGAGAGCCAGUUGGUGCCGUAUUACGCCAUCAAGGCUAUGACGUCGUUGGUGCAACACCUAGGCACAGACGACAUUCCCCAGUUUCGCCCACUGAUACCACAAGUGCUGGUGGUGAUCCGGCUGUUGCUAGGGAGUGAUGAGGACCAGGGUUGCCAGGCGAUGGAACUAUUUGAUGAGUUGGUGGAGUGUGAGGUGUCCAUCAUCGUGCCCCACCUGAAAGCUGUGGUGGAGUUCUGCUGUGAGGUGGCCAGCAACGGUAACCUUGGUAACAAUGCCCGAGUCAAAGCAUUAUCCUUCAUCAGUUGGCUUACAAGUCUCAAAAAGAAGGCAAUUCUGAAAUACAAGCUCGUCAAUCCAGUUCUCAAGGUGCUGUUCCCAAUAAUGUGCACACCCCCCGAGGAAGAAGAAGACGACGAGGAUGAGGAUGAUUGUGGGGAGGAUGCAGAGGCCAGUACGCCGUCUUCAUUUGCGGCGCAGGUGAUUGACACGAUGGCUCUUCACCUCCCACCAGACAAGCUCCUCCCACCAUUGAUGCAGUUAGCACAGCCGGCUCUGAGUAGUACUAACCCCUAUGAGAGGAAGGCUGGGCUCCUGAGCAUAGCCGUACUGGCAGAGGGGUGCGCUGACUUCAUCAGAAAUAAGCACCUGCAGCCGUUACUGGAGUGCAUCUGCACCGGCAUUCAGGAUACCCAGCAGGUGGUCCGCAACGCCGCCCUCUUCUGCCUCGGUCAGUUCGCUGAGCACCUGCAACCCGACAUCAGCAAGUACCACGCCCAGUUACUGCCGCUGCUGUUUGACUAUCUCAGCCAGGCGUCGGCAGCAGCUGAGCAGAGCCCUAAAGGAGUGACGAGAAUCUACUACGCUCUAGAGAUGUUCUGUGAAAAUCUAAGCUCGGAAGAUUUACUUCCCUACCUUCCUACUUUGAUGGAAAGACUUCUGGUGACGUUGAAGACGUCCACCAACGUACAUAUCAAGGAACUCGCCAUCAGUGCAAUCGGAGCCACAAGCAAUGCUGCAGAGAAACACAUGCUACCAUUCUUCCAACCCAUCAUGGAGCAUCUACGAGUCUAUCUGACCACGGCGCAGUCUGGAGACGCACUGACGCUACAGAUCCAGGCCAUAGAUACACUUGGUGUCUUGGCUCGCACCCUGGGGCGAGAGAACUUCCUCCCCCUCGCUGAAGAGUGUCUGCAACUCGGUCUAAAACUCAUCGAGGAGGUCAACGACCCUGACCUGCGUAGAUGCACGUAUGGGUUGUUUGCAUCGCUGUCCCAUGUCCUGGGAGUUGAGAUGUCUCCCUAUCUUGAGACAAUCACCAAGCUGAUGGUGGACUCCUUACUGUCUACAGAAGGAAUUGUGGCCCAUUACAAUGAAGAAGACAGCGGCGUCUUGUCAUUAUUUGACGAUGACGAUGACGAGGCAAGUGAAGAGGACAUCGAAGGAAGCAAUCACCAUGACAACAGUGAAGAGGAUGAAGAUAUACAAGGGUACAGCGUGGAGAAUUCCUACAUGGAGGAGAAGGAAGAUGCAUGUAACUCCUUAGGGGAGAUUGCAACCAACACAGGAGUUGCCUUCAUGCCCCAUCUGGACACCUGCUUCGGUGAAAUGAUCAAAUUGAUUGACUACCCGGCGGUCAACGUCAGGAAGGCAGCCAUCACCAGCUCAGGUCACAUGUGUUGUAGUCUGAGGAAAGUGAUUCAGCUGACGAACCCUCAGGAAUCAGCAGCUCUUGCCAAAGCAGUGGACCAGACCGUGCCCCAUUUCAUCCACAUCGUCAACACGGAGACGGACCGGACAGUUGUCAUGGCAACCCUGGAGACGCUGAAUGAAAUGCUGGGGACGUUACAGGGCACCAUGGUCAAUGAGCAGGGCAAUCUGAGUGGCAUCAGUAGUGCUAUCAGAAACGUUCUCCAACGCAAGACGGCUUGUCAGGACCAAGAUGACGAUGAUGAUGACGAUGACGAUGGCGAUCAAGCUGAAUACGACGCAAUGCUGAUUGAGUAUGCCGGUGAUCUCAUCCCAUCGCUAGCCAGGGCGCUAGGUGGACAGGCAUUUGCUCCUUACUUUGCUGGCACUCUGCCGCUACUGCUAUCAAGAACGAAGAAAUCCUGUUCAGCAGCUGAGAAGUCUUUCUCCGUGGGUACGUUAUCGGAGUCCGUGGUUGGUAUGGGAGAUGCCGCCCAGCCGUUCCUUCCUCAUCUACUCCCUGUCUUCCUUCGCAUGGUGCGUGACGAUGACGAGGAGGUCCGUAGCAAUGCCGUCUUUGGUCUGGGAGUGCUGGCCCAGAACUGUGGGGAGGCGGCGUACCAACAUUUCGCCAACAUUCUCCAGGCUCUGUCCUCCGUCAUGGGACAGGAAACCAACCGACGCGUCGUAGACAACGUCUGCGCCGCCGUCUGCCGACUGAUUGUCACGAACCACUCCCUGGUCCCGCUAGAAGAGGUGAUUCCAAUGCUUCUAAAGUUCCUACCCUUGCAAGAUGAUCUUGCCGAGAACGAUACAGUGUACGGUUGCAUCCUGCAGCUGUACCAAGCCGCCCAUCCUACCAUCAUGGAGAACCUGCCCAGCUUUCUGACCAUGUUUGCACAGAUCCUGCAUCAACUCACUGAAUAUGCCACAUCCUGCGUCGUGCAGAUAAUCUCCAGCACCCGGCAGAACCAGCCAGACGUGUACACUGCAGUUCUCGUUUCCCUCCCAGAACCCCUAGCAACCACGUUCAAUAUGGCCGCCGUUUCCUCGGUGACACAGGAGACUGACACUCCAGUAGGUGCAAUAGAAUCAGAUCCAACUCAGGCUCUUACAAAUCCUGAACCAGCAUCCAAAGAUCUCUCAAAAUUGGAUAAGAACAAUAGCUGUGCACAGCCUGCCAAGGAAGUAGCAGCGGCUUCUACGGAGGAGGUAGAAGAGGCUUCUAGGGAGGAGGUACAAGAGGUAUCUAACGAGGAGGUAGAAGAUGCUUUUGAGGAAAUGAAAACUGAAACAGGAGAUGGAGGAGACAAGGCGGAAGAUGUCGAGUACAGCAUCAUCGAGGGUUCCUCCCAGAGACAACGGCCAAAACUCGUGGACAGCAGAGGCUUUGCCUACACUCUGUACAACAGGAACAAAGAUGGAAGCACCACAUGGAGGUGCACAUUAAGGAACAGGAACGCAUUUUGCGGCACGAUUGUGAGGCAAGCCGGUGACCAGUUCCGGCUGGGCAAGAAGGACCACCUUCACCCAGGAACACCGGGUCAGCUCGCCAUGGCAAACGUCGUGGCACAGGUCCGAACCGCAGCGACGGAUCAUCUCUUCGAACCAGCUAGCAGCAUCAUUAACAACAUCCUCAUCAAGAACAAGGCCGACGCCUCGGUUGUGUUGUUGCCCAAGACGAGAAGUCUGAUUCGGAGAGCCUGUCGCGUCCGUGAGAAGCAAUACCCGCAGCAUCCCACGGACCUUGCGUUUGUCCUGGAGCAGGAUGCCAUUCAAAAAGAUUUCCUGCUAAAGGAUGUGCAGGUGCGUAACAGGCGGCACCUGAUUUUCUCCACCCCCAAUCAGCAGGUUCUUCUAGCGAGGAGUACCAGGUGGUACAUGGAUGCCACCAGCAAGCUGGUCAAGCCACCCUUCACCCAACUCUUGGGGAUCCACUGCUUCGUGAAGAAAAAGCAAGUCAUUAAACAGGUACCACUGACGUACAUCUUAAUGACUGGAAAGAAGAAGCGAGAUUACAAGUUGGUACUCAAGGCCCUGAAAAAACGUCUUCCGAAAGAGAUCUGCCUCAGAGAGAUUGUCGCGGACUUUGAGGCUCCACUCUGGGGAGCCCUGGAGUCCGUAUACCCUGAAAUCACCCUUAAAGGCUGCUGCUUUCGCUGGAAGCAAGCCAUCUGGAGGAAAAUGCAGGACCUAGGUCUGCAACCGGCUUACAAGGACAAGGGUGAGAUCUACAAGCUGCUGCAAUAUGUGCUGGGGCUGCCCUACCUGCCUGCAGAGAUAAUCCCAGCUAUGUUAACAUCCAUGAGAGACAUGGCCGAUAAAGAACUAGAGAUGCUGCAGAAGCUCUUUGACUACGUAUCAUCGACGUGGAUCGAGAGCAACCAGUGGCCACCAGAAGCAUGGUCGUGUUAUCGUCAGUGCCUCCGUACUACCACCGACUGCGAUGGAUGGCACCAACGACUCAAGCUUACAGCACGCAAGAGUAGGGUCUCCCUCUAUCAUCUGAUAGAGCUUCUUUACACUGAGGCCAGUAACGUGGACAUCCGUACAGAGCUAGUAUCAGACAAGAAACUUCAGCGUUAUCAGAGGAAGGUGUACGAGAACACUCAAGGAAAGAUCUUCACCUACUGGAAGGAGUUUGAAUCUGGGGAACGCACGGCUGAGUCACUGCUGCAGGGAUGUGCAUACGUCCAAGGCAAUAUAUCGGUCAUUAAGCAUUGACAUCCGAAAUCCUAUGAAGGAAGAAUUAUUUGGGGGGACAAGGCUUUCAUACUUUAAACUUUUGACUUUGGAAAAAACCUGAAUUGAGUGGGAUUAAAACAAUGCAAAACCUAUUAAUAAAUAUUGGCCCCAUGCGCCAACAAAAGAGGGCGCGUUUUUACCACUUUUGAGAGCCCCUUG